AUGUUUAAGCUAUCGCGACGACGCGAUCACUCGCUUCAGCCUCUGACAAAGGAAACGGCCGAUCCCAAUGCCACGACCGCCGCCGCAUCCGCCUUCAUGCGAGGCAAUCCAGCCCCGUCAUCAUCUCUAUCUUCAGCAGCAGCCGCUGCCGCCUUACGGGCGCAGCCAAGUCCACCCACAAAUGUUUCGCAAAUUUCUUCGAAAAGAAGCCAGCGCCGCACUUCCUCGCUGUCGUCGCCCAUCGGUCGCGACCGAGGCAAGGGUAAGCUACACAGAAGCCCUAGCGUGAGUUCCAUGAGCGAACGAACGUUUCGACGAUCACCAUCGCCUGGUCACACGCCUCUCGGAAAACAAGAUGUCCCCCCGGUGCCCACUAUCCCGGCCUCUAAGGCCGUCACGAUGCCAUUACGGACGCAAAAUUUCCAAACCGCAAGCCAGAAGUCGCAAGGCAAUCAGCAAGGCUCCUGGUUUGGGGCCGCCACUGUUCAUGAUCCAUACCAGGAGAAGGGGGCAGAAAUAUUGCCAGAAUUGACACCUGAUUUACCUGAAUCUCGUUCUGGGAGCGUUAGCUCAUCUAUAAACUUCUCAUAUCCUCGCGCACGGAUAACAUACGACUCUCACACGCCAUCCGACCAUGACCUUGUCUAUGACCCUAAUUCAAGAAGAAUGGUCUCGAGAGACACUCUUGUACAAGCUAGUCAUCCAAUUGAGGGCGCUAAACCGACUGAGAAGGCAAAAGGAACAAAAUCAGCCAAUCGGGAUCAUAUAUCACAAGAGCCAAACAAUGAAAUGAAGCCAGUGAUACCCAACGACAUUCAGUCGGAACCCUUUUCAACUGCAACUAGCCAAUCCCACUCGACUGGCAGAUCUUUGGGGAGGAGGAGCCCGAAUGAAAACACGUCGAUGACGUCAAUGGCAACAGAAACGCUAUCACAGGAGAGGGAGCUUGAAACGGAAGGAUCCCGGGAUUGGCAAAACCAUCAUACUUCUCAAAACGAAGCCUCCGAAUUUGCGAUUGAGCCAAGUUUGGCACCUGGAUUAGCGAACUGGGACCAUACGAAGACCGAGAUACCAAUUUCCUAUGCCGGAUCUGGUUCAGAGACAUCCGUUCGAUCAGCUCAUUUUGCAUCAUCAACUGAUCAGUUAGUCGUUAAGCACGAACCUCCACCACGAUCUCUGUCUCCUAGAAAGUCGGCCCUCAAAUCUGCCAUUUCGAGUCGUGGAAGUCAGUCGUCGCAUCCUAAUGAGAAUCCGGACUAUCCAUUCACUGGGACUUCUCACUCUAACAAAGAUGAUUCCCCGGCAAGCCAGAGGAAAAGUGCUAGAGUAAGCUGGAACGACAAUAGCACAGUUGUAGUUGCUGAACCUGGCAAGUUUGAAGAAGCAGACUUCUCAGCAGUGCACGGCCUUCAAUCAAGACAUAAUACACAGGGUACCGUCGACAGCGUGAAAGCAAACAGGGCGUCUUCACCGCAACAAGAUGAGAUAAUGUCUCCUCGACCAGCACUUCCAUUAUUUGGGAGUGUGCGUGAUAAAAAGGGGAAGGAGCCCGAAGAACGGCAGCUUGUUCGUCCGCGUGAACAUUCGCUUUCCCCCCAACCGCUACCGCCGUCCAGUUCGCAAGCAUUGUCUUCUAUGACCAAAGAUGAAAUUCCCCCACCAAUAGAGUCAACAAAGGCGUUUCAUUUUGGUCGCGGACAGACUCCAAGAAAUGUUGCGAAUAUUUCCAAAUAUCGGGAGCCAUUACCAGCCAUCAUCGCGUCUACCGAAAGUCUCGGGCAUGUGAGCGAAGACUUGUAUAGCUCCGGGGAUGAGCUGUUCGAAGAUGUCUCAACUGGUACAGAGCAGUUAAUGGCUCAAAAAUCGUCAAAGGAUGCAUCGGCAAACUCAAGCCCGCUCUCUGACGUGUUACUAGACGAAAGUUCAAAAGUAUCAGAUGCGAAGGCAUUGAAUAAGUCCCCAGGCAUUUCUAGUUCAAAUACGGAUUCUUCGGCUAUGCAUCAUGAUAUUUCACCUACGACUGAGCCAAGUUCUCUUCCGGGAAGUUUCCCAGAAGAUGAAGAUGUCUCCAGGCUCCAUAUGGACGACGCAAACGCAUCUAUCACGCCUGUAUUAGCCCUUGCUUCAGGAUAUAAGACUGGCAACCAAGAAGAACAUGACUCAGACAUGGACAGUAUUUACAGUGAUGCGUACGAAGAUCUAUCCGAAGCUGUCGACGGUGGAUUCAUGUCUCUUGAUGCUGCACUGGUCAGUCCGCCCAUGGCAGGUGUAGACCGCAACAAAUCGCAGGCCAAUGCAAGCACUGGGGGGAAGCCGCUGGAUAACACCACAAGUACUCCUAUUCAAUCACCUGAUGAUUGGGAGAAGGCUAAAGCAUACUGGAAAAGCCUUAGCUCUGAGGAGAGGCGCCAGCUCGAAAUGGAGGCCCUUCGGGAAGCUGAUGAUGAGGCUAUACGGGAGCGUGUAUCGACAAAACGAACUACGACCUUGGCUGAUAUCUCGGGGCACUCCUCUAAUCAGGAACAGAGAAGUCAACGGCAACAAUCCCAGAAGGAACGUCAAGUGCGAACCACACUGGUGUCGCCCGAUGAAGCAAGACAACAGUCGAUCAAUUCCAAACCAGCCGAUCGAUCUCGAACUCUGCCCAAGACCAAUACAAAGAUGGAAACGAAAAUAGGAGAAGAGCCUAUGCGGCAUACUGAUUUUGCCAUGACAGAUGCUCAGGGGGGGCGAGGCUCGCUGCAGCAACCAACUACCACGGCACGCACCGGCUUGGCGAUGGGACGCAGGUUACAAAAAUUAGCUCGCCCAAAACGCUCGGCAAGUCAUGAACAGAAGUACAUAGGUGACGAGCUCCGUGGCCCAACCGUCAGGCCCAGAUCAUCUUACGACCCGUUAGUCUCGACAGAAUAUAGUCUAAGACGUCCAAAGCAACAUGCGACACACAGCUCGACUGCAGAACCUACGGUAAAUACUGUCAUUAAGCCUACUUUGCGGCGACGAGGGUCCGACUCUAGUGAGAGCAGUUUCGUACGUAGUAGGUCCAUCGGCAGUCCUCGAAGUGGAUUUAGGUCAUCGAUGCGAAGCAGCUCUUUCGAUCCGAGGCCAUCAUCAUCUGGUAAUAAGGGUAGAAACAGGUUGACUCUACGAUCGUUAUCACCCACAACGUCACAUCAGAGGCACCAUUCUGCUACGCCAGCUGCUCCUUCUCGGCAAUUGGUAGAGAAUCCAAAUCGUCAGCCGUUCCAGCGACACUCAGUUGCGCCACGUAUCAGCCAAUCUCUAUCAAGGAGAGAUGAGGAUUCGACAUACGGCGAUCACUUGUCAGAUUCUAGUGAUGACGACAUGAACACAACUCCGUUGACAAACGGCUCUAUCACGGGCGAUGAAUACGAACCCGUUCAUUCGAGGUUGAAACAAUCUAUUCUUAAUAUGUAUGCACGCAACAACCUCCCUGACCAAAAUUCUGGUGCCAGCGCAGGUAUCAACUCCGGUUUGCCAAAACACGAUGCGCCCAAACCGAGAGUUGACCAAUACCACAAUGAAGAGAACCCACAUCUACCUCUUGAUCAGCUAUCCGGCGCCUCGGCUCGCCGACCAGGGCUCAUCUCCACACUCAGGCGCAAGAGCCAUGCAAACGUCAAAGAAUCCAGCGACGCUGACGGUGCCCGUAAUACUCUACCGCAUCAUCACAGUGAAGACGCAACGUCUACACGGAACAGCGUCAUACCCAACCAUGCAAUAGGCUGGCCAUUGCAGAACAGGAAGGGCGAGACGAAUGAAGCUUCAAUGACGUCACCGCUUGGAGACACAGGAAGACGAUCCGCAGCUAGCGGCUCUAUUGUCAAGGACGAGCUGACGUCAGAACCCCGCCAUCAACAUGAGCUUCAGCUUUAUGAAGGUAGCUCUGAUGCAAACCACGCUAAUACUCUCCUAUCACAAGAACCUAAGCGAAAGAAGUUUAACAGCCUGAGGAAAAUGUUUAAAAUUAAUAAUUAG